CCCCCCCCGGGCCCUCCUAGGCGAAAGGGGGAUCGAGGCCCUCUCCCUCAGGUGUGGGCCAAGGGCCUGCCUCCCCACAACAGGAGAGUUGAGGCGAGGUGACAGGGAAGGGCUCCCUCUGGGGGGGGGUGAGGAGAGGGACACCCUCCGUCCCCAGAUUAGGAGGCCAAGGGGGCUCCAUCAGGAGGAAAGUGCCAUAGGGUUUUUUGGGGGGAAGACCCCCCUCCCCACCAGACCAAGGGGUGGAGAGGCCCUCGGCUCCUUCGCUCCGGUGCCCCCUCCUCCAUGGACUCCAGCUGAGCCCCAGUGGGCCAGGAUCCUGUUUUCCUCCCAUGCCGCUCUGCCGCCGCCCCCGCCUGGAAAGAUGAUCAGCGCCCCGGACGUGGUGGCCUUUACCAAAGAGGAUGACUACGAUGAGGAGGCCUACCGCCCCGAGCCGGCCUUGCCCGAGGAAUACUCCGUGCCCCUCUUCCCGUUCGCCAGCCAAGGGGCCAACCCCUGGUCGAAGCUGUCCGGCGCCAAGUUCACGCGGGACUUCAUCCUCAUCUCCGAAUUCUCGGAGCAAGUGGGGCCCCAGCCUCUGCUCACCAUCCCGGACGACGCCAAAGUCUGCGGCACCUUCGAUCUCAACUACUUCUCCCUCCGCAUCAUGUCGGUGGACUAUCAGGCUUCGUUUGUGGGCCACCCUCCCGGCUGCCCCUACCCGAAGCUGAACUUUGUGGAGGAUUCUAAAGUCGUGCUGGGCGACUCCAAAGAAGGAGCUUUUGCCUACGUCCACCACUUGACCCUUUACGACCUCGAAGCGAGAGGCUUCGUCAGGCCUUUCUGCAUGGCCUACAUUUCCGCCGACGAGCACAAAAUUAUGCAGAUGUUUCAGGGCCUCUCCGUAGAGUUCUCAAAAGCAUCGGAGUGCUUAAAGACAGGGAAUCGGAAAGCUUUUGCCGGCGAACUGGAAAAAAAGCUCAAGGACCUCGAUUACACUCGGACGGUGUUGCACAACGAGACCGAGAUCCAAAAGAAAAACAACGAGAAAGGGUACUACACCACGCAAGCCAUUGAGAAAGCUAACGAACUGGCCAGUGUUGAAAAACUUAUCAUUGAACAUCAAGAUCUCCUGAAACAAAUUCGAUCGUAUCCUUACAGUAAGUUGAAAGAAUCAGAAUUUCAUCCUUAUGAGCCGGACUGUGCAAUGGAACAAGCCGAGGAUGACCCAGAGGAAGGAAUUACUACCUUGAAACCGGAUGAGCCCAGUGAAACGCAGUUUUACCCUCAACGGUCCUCUUACACCCCGAAGCUGAUCAAGGCAAAACCUGCCAAGUGCUUUGACAAGAAGCUCAAAACGCUUCAGGAGCUGUGCGACCUUUAUUUUUUCACCCAAACCCUAGAUCAGUUACAUCAAAUUGAGAAGAUGUUCAGAGGGGACGUUUGCUACCUCUUGACUGAUCAGAUCAGCCAGGCCCUUUUGAAACAGCAAACAAUUACUAAUUUCCUUUUCGAAGAGUUAUUCCCAGCCGACGAAAGACAGGCGGAGAGGCCGUUGAAUGGCUACCAGGAGUCUCACCUGGACAACCCCAGCGACAAAGGUUUGGAUGUUUGUCCUGUUGCUAAAACGUUGGCCGGUUUGGGGUCUUACAAAUCCAGCGUCGAGAGUGUACCUAUUAAGAUGGAUCAGGAAAGGGAAGACGCCCAAGAAACGGAAGACGCAUAUGCCAUUCCUUAUGACCAUCAGGACAACGUGGAAUAUCUCGGCGCCGAUCUGAAAGGGAGCGUCAGCAGCGGUGAAAGCAUCGAAGUGUUGGGGACAGAGAAGUCCGCUGCUGCUGGGACUCAGCCUGAAAGCCAGGCUCACUUGCCCCAAACUCACCUGAGCCCCCAGCUCGCACGGAACAAAGCGGUGAGUCGGAGAACCGUCAGCGAGGACAGCAUCGAGGUGCUGAGCACCUGCCCCUCAGAGGCUCUCAUUCCGGACGACUUCCGAGCGAGCUACCCAAGUGCCAUUAACGAAGAACCUUAUGCAGACGAUGACGAGGAAGGCCUUCGCUUCAGCCCUGUUUCAAACUUGGAUGGGGCUGAAGAGAUGGAAGGCAGUCCCAAGCCGGAAAACCUGCUCCCUGUGGACUCCACCUGUUGCAUUGGGAAGGAAAGUCCCAACUUCCUCGAACCCCAGACCGACUUGGCCCUGAAACAUUGCGACGAGGACGGCGUGGUCAGCAUCCCGCCCCAGCCCUACAGGCCAGGAGAUCAGGGGCCUCAUGUGAACUUUACGGACUAUUCUUCCCAGGAUGGCGGCUCGGGGGGGCUCCUCGGCUACGAGCUGGAUCCCCAUUAUCUCUCGAGCACCCGAGAGGCAAGUAAAAUGAGCCUCGACAAGUGCUCUGACUCCACCAGCCACAUCAGCAGCACGGCGUCCACUAGCUCGGACCGGACCCCCUCCCCGUCUCCUCUCGGCGGUCCGCUUGGGGAGAGGCACAAGAAGAAAGCCAGCCAGAACGCCCUGCGGUUCAUCCGGCAGUACCCUUUCGCUCACCCGGCCAUCUAUUCUCUGCUGAGCGGCCGGACGCUGGUCGUGUUGGGGGAAGAGAAAGCCAUCGUGGAGAAACUGGUCACCGCUCUGUCCAUUUUUGUCCCCAAUGUCGGGGCGUACGCCAAGCCAGUGAAACAGUGGUCCACGUCCCCUUUGCACGUCACAGACUUUCAGAAGUGGAAGCUCAUUGGAUUGCAGAGAUCGUCUUCUCCUGCCGGCAUCGGCAUGAUGCAUUCUCUCAGCCGCUACAGCCGUUACGUCAGUGUCCUGGACGCGGACAGCAAGACCCUCCGCUGCCCGCAGUACAAAGGGACCCUGAUUCCCCGCCUGGCCGACCACCGCACGCAGAUCAAGCGGGGCAGCACCUACUACAUGCACGUCCAAACCAUCCUCACCCAGCUGUGCUCCAAGGCCUUCCUCUACACCUUCUGCCAUCACCUGCAUCUCCCCAUCCGCAAGGAGGAGACAGAGGCGUCCGUGGCGUCUCGGCGGCAAAACUUCCUCAAAAUCCAGCUGGGGCUGGCCAACGAGGACAGCCGAGUGGUCCAGUAUCUGGCCGAGCUCCUAAAACUGCAUUUCCUUCAGGAUUCCAUCCGGGGGGUUAGCCCAGUCCUCAGGUUUGAUUACGUGCCCAGCGCUUUGUACAAAAUUUAAUCGGCAUCCAGCUUGCAGAUCUUGCCUCCCACGCACCGGCACCCUCGCCAUCACACGUGUUCUCCUGCAGCUGUCCACAGGCCCACCCGAUUCCAUGGCCAACGUGCUUGUUCUUGACAUGGGAUUGCUGCGGUGGGGACACACAAACCUCAUUAAAAUAACGUUUCAGAAUAA